AUGAAUUUAAUACAAUUUGAUACUCUAUGUCAUGAUUGCUGUUAUUCUUAAUCUGUUGAAGUACUUAAAAUUUUUAUUAAUUUAGAAAAAAUAAAUAGCUGAUUAAACAAUUUAUUAAUUCAUAGAAGAUAUCAGAAAUAUUGAUGGAUUAUAUUAAAUUAUAAGCUAAACUUAGUCAGGCUCUACAUUAUUUGUAAUUUCUGAAUUUAUAGCUAAAAUUAUUGUUUCAGAAAGAUAAUUUAAAGGAUUUUAAGUGACUGAGCGUUCCUCAUAAGAAGUACAAAUAAUUGUUGGAUAAUGUUAUACAGGUGAUGAAGUGGAAAUUUUAUAUUAAAAGUGUAGAGUAUAUGAAAAUUUGGUUACAUUAUUCUGCUAAACUUUGUAGAGAGAUUUAGCAAUUCAUGAAUAAAAUUCAAUUUGUAAUCUUGUUGGAUUAUUAAUAUAAUAAAUAAUGAUGUUGAGUGGAACUUAAUUUAUGAAAUUCUAAGAUCGAUUAAAUAUAUUUUUUGAAGGAAAUUAAAUAUAUAAUCUUAGUAUUGGUUUAAAAUUGAUAUAGAAUGUAAUACAAAAUAUUUAGUAAUAUUCAUCAUAUGAUUCUUAUGUCUCUUUUAGAAGAAUUAUGUUUGGAUUCUAAAAUUAAGAGAUAUUUAAUUGUUUUGAAAUAGUGUGUAGAAUUGUUAAAAAUAGUCCACCUCAAUUAUAUAAAUAGUCUUUGAGUACAUUAAAGGAUAUAUUAAUGUUUAAUUUCAAUGUGAGUUAUUUUGAAUUAGAAUCUGAUUUUGAUCCAAAUGAUUAAAAUAAUGUUAGUGUAAGAAUAAAUCUAUGACUAUUAGUUUCCAGAUAAAUUUGCUGAUUAUUUUACAGAUUAAUAAUUUUAAGAGUUAUUAUUUAAGAUAGUAGAGACUUAUUGUAAUAAAGAUAGUUCUUUAGCAUUAUUAGCUUUGAAAUCAUUAAAAAGAAUGGCAUCAUCUAAAAAAAAGAUAUUUGUAAACAAAGAAAAAAAGAGAUUAUUUGCAAAAGCAUUAUAUGAUGGUUGUACUUAUUUAUUUUAAAAUGUACAAUCAACAAAUGAAGAAAUCAUAAGUGAUAUAUUAGAAUUGAAUACUAAAUUAAAUAAUUGUUUUGGUUUAAGAUAAAUACGAUUUGAUUUUGCUUUCUGUUAAAAAUGGCUUUAUUGUUUAUAAACAUUUUGUAUUUAGAUUCUGUAAAGAUAAAUGAAAAUUAAAGAUCCUCAUAUGUAUUAGAUGAUAGAAUUGAUGAAAAGAUUACUUAAAUUCAUUACAGAUUUUAAAUUAGAUGUAACCUUUAAAACUUCAAUAUCAUAAACAAUUACUGAAAUAGGAAAAUCAAUUAUUCAUCUUUUACUCAAUUCUUAAAACUCCUUUUUCUAAGGUUACACUCCACAAAAUCAUAAGAAAUUAAAAAAUACUCUAAAAGAAUUCUUUGAAAAUCUAUUUCCAAUCUUAUCCAUUGAUUUAGGUAAUCAUAUAAAAAUGAUAUAUCAUUCAUUUAAAAAUGCUGCUUAAGAUUAAGAGAAAUUCAUAAUAGAAUUAAGUUUAAUCAAUUAUAUAGUGAUAAAUCCAUUGAUUUUGGAUAGAUCUACUGAAGAGAUUAUUUAAAUGGUUUAAACUGUUAUAAAAGAAUCUUUGUAAUUUUUAUCAAUUCCACAAAAUAAUCUUCCACCAUUAGUGAUUAUGUCAGCAAUGUCUCUUGCUGAUAAUUUGUUUUAAUUUGCUUUGAGUGAAUCAGAUGAAUCAAUAGGGAGAUAAAGAUCUAAUAAGAUCUUUUUUGAUACCUGUAUAAAACCUAUAUAAAUUUAACCAUAAUAGGCAACCAAUCAAUUGCUCUAAUAUAUUAUAAUGCAAUUAUAAAUUUAAAAUAAAGAAAUAAUAGAAUAUGCUUUAAUAAUAAUGAAGGAAACUAUUGUAAGACUAAAACAUCAUUUAUAUAAUGAAUCAUUUUAAUCUUCAAAUGUUGUCACUUAAAUAAAGAGUGUAUUACUUAAUUUAAAGAAUUCAGCUUUACAAUAAGAGUAAUUUUUUAGUUGUCGUACUUUGGCAUCAGAAAUUAUAUCUAUACUUUUAUUUGAUUCAGCUUAUGAAAAUUAUAUAGAAUCAAUAAUAUAAUUAAAUUAAUUAUUAACAAUUUAGCCAACAUCUCAAUCAAUUUAAAUAUAUUUAUAUGAAAUGUUAGGUUAUUUCAAACAUGUUGAUGUUAGUAAGAUUUUUAGAUUAUUAAUAAAAUAACAUUUAUUAAAAAUAGCUGAUUUAACUAAAUUUAUUUUAAUUGAUAAUCCACAGCAAUUUUAACUUUGUAAAUUAUGUUUAAAAUUGAUGGUUGCUAUUACUGAUAAUAAAAGUCUCAGAUUUCAAUAUCAUAGUUCAUCUAUUGUCUAAAUUGAAUUGGUUAGAACUUUCCAAGGGAUCUUAACUAGUUAUGUUCAGCAUCUGAUUGUUGCUAUUUAGAAUGAUAAAGUUAAAUAAGAAUUUUCUGCUUAGAUUUGUAGAUUGGUAGGAUUAGUAUAUAAAAUAAUGAAUAAUAUACUUAAAGGGAAAUAUAUAUCUUAAGCUUGUUAAUUGUUAUUUGCAGAUCGUAAAUAUUUAGAUCUGUUAGUAGCUAUUUUAGAUAUAACAAAUAAGAUAUCCAGUUAUAUGAUUGUAAUUACUUAUUUACAAUAUUUUAGCUUUAUAAUAAGUCGUGUUUUCAAAUGAUUCAAGUACUCCAAGUUGUCAGUUCACAAUAAUUAUAAUUAUUUGAAUUAAGUCCACAGUCUUUGUCAAUAUUAAUGAACAUAAUAGAGAAUCUAUAAAAACAUCUAUUACUACAAUUAUCUUAAGAAUAUAAGAUUUCAACAUCUUCCUCAUAUCAUUAACCAGCAGAUAAAGUUUCAUUAGAUUAGACUACAGAUAUAGUUAUUUCAACUUUAGAGUUUGUUUCAGAAGAAUAAUAACUUACAUAAUUAGGAGUUAUAUAAUCAUUUGUUUAACCUCUUGAUCCUAUUAUUGAUAACAUCUUGAAUGAUUUAAUUGUCUGUUUAAUAUAAGGCAAAUGUUCUUAAUAAACAUUUAAUAAAAUCAACAGACAACUCUUUGCCAUAAUGUGUACAUAUUAUCAAAAUUUCGUUAAUGUAUUGAGUAGAUAAUUUGUAAAAUCUGAAUAACAAUUAGGUCAAGCUUUGAUUAAUAUCUUAAAUAAAGAUUUAGAACUUAGAAUCAAAUAAUAGAAUGAAGAAUAGUUUAAAAAGAAUAUGCCCUUAUUUUUAUCUUAAUUUGGAAUAUUAUGA